CUCUCUCUCUCUCUCUCUCGGCGGGAAGGCCGCCGCUCGUGUCUCGCAAAGGGAUACGUUUUUAUUUUUCGGCUCGUGCUUUUGGUUCUGCAAGUGUUCGAACAGAGCGCAAACACACCCACGAAGAAGAAAAGUCACUCGCCAUUCCUGGCGGCAAAUGCCACGCGUGUUCCCUCAUCGGCGGAUCUCCAACAUUUCCACACUGCAAUCACAUUCGAGCCCGUGCGUUAAGGACAAAAAGGCUUACUUAAAGAUGUUACACAUCACUUUCAACGAGGCUUCUUCGUGAAAAUCUCGAAAGCUCUCAAUUCCCACGGGCCGUGAAUCCAGCACCAGCCUCCAAGCAGGAACUCAGCUGGAAAACUUCCGGGAUGCAAAAGUUUUUGUUUGACUUUCAUCCGCGUGGCGGUGACGUCACUCCCAUCGCAGAGCAGGUAGAUGGCGAGCGUUGUUUGUGUGGGGGGGGGGGAAUCCUGGUCUGCAUAUACGUAUGUGUAAUGUACGCAAUAUAUAUAUCAUAAUCAUCUUUAUUGGCCAAGUAUGGAAACAACACACAAGAAGGAACGCGUGUCUCCGGGAAGUUGGGUAGUUGGAGCUCCCCACAGUACGACAAAAAAAACCACGUUGAGUCCUACAGCAGACCGACAGUUGCCCAAAAGAUGCGGCUCGAGUCUUGUAGGAUGUCCUGCAUCCAAAGUGGACCCGCUUGCACGUUUGUGAGGGUCAAAAGCAAACGCAAUGCGGACGGUGGUGGCGUCGCUCCUCCUGGCGUGGGCGUUUGGGCCAUCAUCAGCGAAUGGCGCCAGCGCCCGGCGGCCAGACGAAGGGAGGACACGUCGGCAGACGAUUCUGUCGUCGUCGUGGAGCUCAGGAAUCUGUCAAAACGGAGGAACGUCAGUCCCGAGCGUGACGACGGGCCGGCACAUGUUCUGCUUGUGCGGCGACGCUUUCGAGGGCGCCUUCUGCGAAACCGCGAAAGACGUCACCGACUGCUACGAGGGCGUCGGGAUUUACUACCGAGGCUUCCGGUCCGAGUCGGAGAGCGGCCGCCCGUGCCGGCGCUGGGACGCCGACACCAGGCGGCGCUACCUGACCCUCGACGUCGACGCCGGCGCUCACAACUACUGCAGGAACGUUCGCUUCAGGCGUCGUCCGUGGUGCCACGUGUGGAAAGAGCAGCAGCUGCUUUGGGAAUAUUGCGACAUCCCCCGAUGCCGAACGCCCCAACCUUUCGUGAUGGUGCCGACCGCCGAGACCCCACGCACCACCCGAGCGGCGCCACCUGUCACUCUGGCAGCCCCACAUGGCGGCCAACCACGUAAGCUCCUCCCCCUCCUGCGUGUGUGCGUUUCUCUGCGCGUGCAUGUCUCGCCACUGUGCCCCCCACCCCUACCGGCCAGCGUGGGCGACGUGCGGCCGGCGUUCUCGCAGGAAGCAGAUGCGAAUCGUCGGCGGGACGGUUUCGGCGGCGGAGUCGCACCCGUGGGUGGCGGCCAUCUUCUGGCGCGGCAGGUCCAAAGAGAAGGUCUUCCGCUGCGGCGGGAGUUUGAUCGCCAGCUGCUGGGUCCUGACCGCCGCUCACUGCUUCCCCGACGGGUAAGACGCACCCACCCCACGUCGCGCCACGUCGCGCCACGUCGCCUCUUCCUCUCCGGCAGAUCCGACGCCAAAGAGCGCCGCUUCCUGGUGGCUCUGGGCAAGAGCGCCCUUAACCGGAGCGACGCCCUCGAGCAAACGUUCCGCGUGGACAGAAUCGUCGUGCGCCCCGACUUCAACAACGAAGACGGAAACUACGACAACGACGUCGCGCUGAUGAAGCUGAAACCCAAGGAAGACGGUCGCUGCGCCCGGGAGAGUCGCGCCGUCCGGGCGGCGUGCCUGCCGGCGCCGGGCCGCGAGCUCCCCGGGCCGGGUUCCACCUGCGAGAUCGCCGGUUUCGGCAAGGAGAAGCACGGCUUGUGGUACCACUCGCAGUUCCUGCUGCGGGCCAGCGUGGACCUGCUGGCGGACGACGUGUGUCGCCGGGACGAUUACUACGGAGACAAGAUCAGCGGCAACAUGCUGUGCGCGGGCCGGCCCGACUGGAGCCGGGACGCCUGCGAGGGCGACUCGGGCGGUCCCCUGGUGUGCCCGGUGGGCGGGCGUAUGCUGUUGCUGGGCGUGAUCAGCUGGGGCGAAGGCUGCGCCCGCGACCGGCGACCCGGCGUCUACGCCAAAGUCCUCAACUACCGGGCUUGGAUCCGGGAGCACGCCCGCGUCUGAUUCUUCUCAGCAAACUUGGACUUAAAGUCACAUUUUUGACCGGGAGUUUGUACUAUUCAUGUUGUUGUUGUUUGUUGUUGUUUUUUAAAUGUUUACAUUUUUUCUCAAUUCAAUUCCAAAAAAUUCAUCAAUCAAGUGACGUGAUUUAUAUUUGCAAAACGUAUUUUGGAACAUUCAAUUGUUGUUCAUGAAGUAGAAAACAUUCGUGUUCGGACAUUCAACUUGAAAGGAAAGAACGUCAUUGAAAAUAUAAUUCCAUCUUUCUA